AUGGUUCGCCGCAAAGUCCUCAACGCGUAUUCUGAAAAUGCAAAAGGUCACCAUGUCUCUUACGGAGAGAGGCUGGCUCAUUUCACCUGGGCGUGGUUCGAAUGCACAAUGUCGACUGGUGCUAUGGCGGCCCUCCUUUCUCUGCAACCAUACACCUUUCCCGGCUUGAAAACGAUUGGAAAGGUCGUAUUCAUCAUCGACCUGGUCCUAUUCAUCAGCUUCACAAUACUGAUUACAAUGCGAUUUGGCAUGAAUCGAGGUGCCUUGACCAAAUCGCUUCACCACCCGCACGAGAGUUUCUACUUCGGCACGUUCUGGGUGAGCCUGGGCUUGAUCAUCUAUUGCAUACAAUCUUAUGCUGUGCCAUCUUGUGGUCCGUGGCUGGUCCAGACCUUGGAGGUCUUGUACUGGCUUUUCGCUGGCUGUGUGAUCCUGGUAUCAAUCUUCCAAUACCAUGUCAUCUUCGACCUCGAGCAGUUGCCCGUGGAAGAUGCGAUGCCAUCUUGGAUCUUGCCUGUCUAUCCAUUUAUCAUCCUUGGUCCGCUUGCAGCCAAUCUGCUCUACAAUCAGCCUCGACCUUCCUCCGCAUUGCCGAUUCUGAUCGGUGGCAUAACUUUUCAAGGCUUCGGGUGGUGUUUCGCCUUCAUCCAGUACACCUUGUACGUUACCAGGUUGACCAGCGGGCUCUUGCCGGAGGAGCCAAAGAGACCGGGAAUGUAUGUGGCAGUAGGCCCAGCAGCAUACACCGCUUACGCCCUCAUCACCCUUGGCAGCCAAGCACAAGUCAUCCUCCCACCUGGUUUUCUCGGCAUUUCCACCAUUCCUGUUGGUGAUAUCUGGAAAGCCAUCGGAGUAGGCGCCGGUCUCUUCCUGUGGUUUUUAGCAUUCUGGUUCUCCUUCUUGUCUACAGUCGGACUGUUACAUGGAUGGAAACAUGCGCAUUUCACAUUGAAUUCGUGGGCGGUCGUCUUCCCCAAUGCUGGACUGACUAGCGCACUGAUACAGAUCGGCUCCGUGUUAUCUAGCGAUGGCAUCAAGGCUGUGUGCUCAGGUAUGACAAUUGUGCUAUGCAUUGUGUGGCUUUGUCUAGCUGCACUGAAUAUCAAAGCUCUCUGGCGCGGUCAGAUAUUGUGGCCACACAAGGAUGAAGACAUGGAGGACAUCGAGGGACACGAGCAAUAG